CCCCAAAGCUACCAAGGGGCCUUCCAAGCCAAUCUACCUCCAAGCAAUGCAAACAGCAAGGAAACACCAUUACAAGGAGAUCACCUUUAGUAUGCACCAGGCAAAGAGUCAGCUCCAAAGCACAUUGCCCCCACCGGUGUUCUCCCAAUGGGGUAUGGACUGCCUACCCCACCUCCACCUCCACCCUACCCACAUGGAGACAAAACCAACCAGAUUCGUCAGACCAACCCUCCCCCUCCUCCUUCUAUGAAUGGCCAGGUACACAGUCCCUUCAAUCCCCACAUUGGCAGUGAGAAGCACGUUCCUAGUGUUCAGUUGCCUCGGGUCAACUCACAGGACGUCCAAGCUCAAAGCAGACCCCAAAGUACGAAACCUCUCAACGGUCCCCAGAGUCCACAAGUUCACCAGCAGUCACAUUACCAACUUCCAAGCAUUCAGUCCAUUUUCCGAGACUCUGGUUUAACUCUGUCCAAAGAGGUAAGGGACCAGAACAUGUUCCAAGAAGGUCUAGCUGGUCGUCGCUUCACAGAUAUUGCCAAGAACACCUAUAGACCCCAGACCCCCACAGAACAAAGACCACCCUCCAGAAAAUCUCAUGUCCCUGUACAGCAACCUCUUGCCCCCAAUGUUGCUGCCAACCUCCCCAUGCCGCUACAGUUCCCGGCCAAGCAGCCACCCCCAGCAGUUGAUGACCCAUAUGCGUUUGAACCCCAACAGCCAAAUUCUAACCAACCAGAUAGAAACCCAACGCCACUCAAUCUGUCUCGACCCAACCCAGUCCAGGUUCAGCCGCCUCGAAUUGAAGAGGAUGACAUCCUUGGCAAUGCUGUUUAUCCCCCGGCCUUGAAUGGUCUGAGAUCCCAGCUUCUCCAGAAGCUGAAUGCAGCCAUGAAGCCUGACAAAGAUGGGGUGGUUCGAAUCAAACAGGAACCUAUGGUGUGUGACCCAGAUCUCACAGAUCACUUACCUCCCCCAUAUGCCUUACAUAGGAAGGAGGAUGACGAGGUUUGGUCAGACAGUGAGGUUUGUUUCCAGGACGAGGACAUCGGUGGGGUGGCAAUUGCUCUGUCCCAUGGCUCUGUGCUUAUUGAAUGUGCGAAGCGUGAGCUCCAUGCAACUACAGCGAUAAAAAAGCCGAACCGUGCCUGCCCGACAAGAAUCAGCCUCGUGUUUUAUCAGCACAAGAACAUGAACUACUCCAGGCACGGCUUUGCAGAGUACGAGCAGAAGAUGGCGGCCAAGGCAGCAGAGCAGGAGGAGGCACGGAAACUCGCCGAAGGAGGGCGCAAGGUGGAAAGUAGUGUUGUCAAGGAAACAGUUGCUGAAGAAUCCACGAAGAAGGUUGCCGAGAAGACCGGCCCUACCAAACCAGCAAUCAACAAUGCUCUGACAAUGACUACAGACACUGUGGUUACACUCUGGUCAGUAGCGGUUCCUCAAGUGACAGGGCCCUACCAGAAGUGGGUGUGAAAGGUGGCUCCUCUUUCUCUUGCUUAGCUGUACGACGAGUCACAGUGCUGCUACUGCCUGUUUCCCACAAAGUGCAUGCCUCCCACCUUGACAAGGUAAGGAAGUGGUGCUAUGAAGAACUAGAUACAAUCAGCUGCUACACUCAACAUUUUGUGGGAAACUCUCUAGUAGCAAAAGAGGGACAACUGAAAAUCAAAUCAGUCCUUUGUGUGUUAUGAAAAUGGCCAGUUUGUUACCUUGCAAAAAGGUAUGAAGCAAAAGAUCUAUUUUAUCAUGAUGCUAUAUCUGGCUUGAAACAUGCGACACAUUGUCCUCUUCGGCACUGCAGAUGACUCUUUACCAGAUUGCCAAUGGCCUUCAAAUCCACCACCUACCUCAGAGUGAGUAUAGAUCACGCUAUGAAAGGGAUACAAGGAGGUUCCUAUCCCACCUACCCAGUUGGGUAAGCAAAGACAUUACAUAGGGUACCUGCUGGUGCAUCACAUGUGCAUUGCUUAACAGACAGUUGAAAGA